GAAAAGGGCUGAGUUACACUUCUGAUGAAGAGACAGUAACUGCGAUAGUUACUCACUGAAGGGUGCAGCCAUGGACAAAACAAUGCGUUUGAUCACUAUUAUAUCAGGUCUGUUCAGCCUUUUCUCAUGUUGCUCUUGUCAGUAUCACUUUGUGAACAUGGCUAAGACCUGGUCUCAAGCUCAGCUUUACUGCAGACAGAACUACGGUGACCUGGUCACCAUAGGAGACCAGACAGGAAUGGACAAGCUCAUUAAUGCAUUACCUGCUGCUUGGAGUGGACCCGCCUGGAUUGGACUCUAUAACAUCAGCUGGACGUGGUCUCUGACUGACACACAGUUAGAGGGAAGUGGGUUCUGGGAUGUAGGACAACCGGAUAAUGUAAACGAUAAUGAUUUCUGUGUGUACAUGUCCAAUAAGAAAUGGAGUGAUGCCAACUGUGACCUACAACAACAUUUCGUCUGUUAUGACAAAAAGACCAACAGUUACAUCCUCGCCAGGGACCCCAUCAAUUAUAACAUCCUGUCCAUGAGUUGGACUCAGGCUAAGAUCUACUGUAGGACUCAAUACACAGACCUGGCCAUUGUGACAGAUGCAACACUUUCAGCAGUGCAAAAUGCCAUACUGCAACAGAGUUACGGCCAGGCAGGGUUGGUUGUGUGGAUCGGCCUGUAUAGAGAGUGGAGGUGGUCCGACAAGAGUGGCUCCCUCUUCAGAAACUGGGACUCAGGAAAGCCGAUCGGGGCAGGUCCUGGAAAACCACAGGGACAGUUCUGUGGUGAGGUUCAGUUCCCAUCUGGACGGUGGAGCGAUGACAACUGUGUUAACACACACCCAUUCAUCUGCACUGAUGCAACAACUGCAACAACCCAGAGUACAGGUCUGAGCAGCUUCCCCUCAUGCCUCUCUAAUCAAUAUGAGUUUGUCAACAUGGCUAAGACCUGGUCUCAAGCUCAGCUUUACUGCAGACAGAACUACGGUGACCUGGUGACCAUAGGAGACCAGACAGAGAUGGAUAAGCUCAUUAACGCAUUACCUGCUGGUUGGAGUGGACCAGCUUGGAUUGGGCUUUAUAACAUCAGCUGGACAUGGUCUCUGAAUGACACACAGUUAGAGGGAAGUGGGUUCUGGGAUGUAGGACAACCGGAUAAUGUAAACGAUAAUGAAUUCUGUGUGUACAUGUCCAAUAAGAAAUGGAGUGAUGCCAACUGUGACGGACAACAACAUUUUGUCUGUUAUGACGCAAAGACCAACAGUUACAUCCUCGCGAGGGACCCCAUCAAUUAUAACAUCCUGUCCAUGAGUUGGACUCAGGCUCAGAUCUACUGUAGGACUCAAUACACAGACCUGGCCACUGUGACAGAUGCAACACUUUCAGCAGUGCAAAAUGCCAUACUGCAACAGAGUUACGGCCAGGCAGGGUUGGUUGUGUGGAUCGGCCUGUUUAGAAAGUGGAGGUGGUCCGACCAGAGUGGCUCCCUCUUCAGAAAAUGGGACUCAGGCAAGCCGAUCGGGGCAGGUCCUGGAAAACCACAGGGACAGUUCUGUGGUGAGGUUCAGUUCCCAUCUGGACUGUGGAGCGAUGACAAGUGUGUUAACACACACCCAUUCAUCUGCAAGUGUGAUGCGACAAAGAAUUUACCAAAUGUAGUCCAAACAACUGAACUUUCUACUACCCAAUCCACAACCACAAAAUCUACUACAACGUCAACAACAAAACCAACUACUACCAAAUCCACAACAACAAAACCAACUACUACCAAAUCCACAACAAAAUCUACUUCUACCAAAUCCACAAUAAAAAAGUGCAACUGACAGUGAUCACUAGGUUAUUGUUUAUCACGCGUUUAAGUCAACAAUGGGAUUCCUUGCUUUGAACUUUGAGUGGUGUGACCGCGGUUUUGGGGUCAUGGAGAUAAAUAUUCCCAACGAUGUCAAGGGUUAAAAGGGUUCAUUUCCGGAGUCUUUUAGGUUGUGUCUGUUAGGGAGGGGUGGGGUAGCCUCCAGGAUGUUUAGUUUGAGUAAUAAAGUGUUUUAUGUACAUGUUUAAUACAUGCGUGUGUCAGGAAAUUGUUUGAGAUUAAGGGGCCUGGGUUUCUUGAGAUGUUGGGGGGUUCUGGGUUUCUCAGUGUAGGGAGGGGUGAUGAGCACUCAGAGAACGUUGCGUGUUAGAUUUUUUUAUUGAAUGUUUUUUCUCUGGUAUUGGUUGGUUGGAUGGCUGGUAAAAACAGAGUAUAUCUAAAAUAAUAUUCAAAUACCCUGUUCACAACCCAUAACAUACAAUGCUCAUUCCGGUUUUGGUCAGCAAUGUAAACUCUAACAUUGAUUGAUCCAGCAAAAGGUGUUCAAUUGGUUAUAGGCUAUUCCUAUUUCCUAUUAUUCCUAUUAUUUGUUUUCUAAUGCCUAUUAAUAUCAAAGUAAUCUAAAAGCCUUCAGUAUUCACAUUACAUUACUGGGUUUGAGUAAUAAAACAUUUACAUUACGGAUUACAAAUGUGGACAGGUAACUUGUAACUGAAAUGGAUUACAUUUAAAAAGUAACCUACCCAACCCUGGAUAUCAAUGACUGGGAACAGACCCGAAGAUUAAGAAAAUCUGUCUCCAACUCAGGCAUACUGUGCCUAAAAUAUGCAGAAAAUGUUUCUCCUUAAACCCUUAAGGCUUAAAUGAUAUAGUCAUUGUUGUGUUUAACUGAUAUAACUAUUGUGGUGUAUAACUGAUAUAAUGGGUAAUUGUUUAUGUAUGUUGUUUGAGAAAAUAUAUUUCUUUUGAGAAAUGUAACGGACCUUAUGAUGCAAAUUAUUGAAAGGAAAGUGAAUGACACAUCCAAAACUUUUGUUAAUGCUGAACGUUUGAAAAGAAUGGAAGAAAUCUUGGAUCAUGCUAUGGCUUAGAAAUGGGAAGAAUUGAUAUUGCACGGUGUAGAGGGGCGACUACAAAUAUUAUUAUCUAAGGUUUUACGUUUUUGUCUUUGAACCAUCAGUGACAUAACGUCUAUCAUUUAAGUUGUUUGUAUGCUUACAUCGAUGUGUGUGUUUUACAAAUACACAAUCAUAGGCCUGUAACUGAAAUAUUCAAUCUCAUGAAUUAUAUAACUGAGAAAGCUGAUUUUAAACUCAUGAUUGAUCUUGUGAAUCUUGUUAAAUAAAAUGGAAAUAUAUCCUC